UUGAAUCGUUUGCCGGCCGGUGUUUAGUAGAAGUGAAAAUUUUGGUGGUUCUCGAUUUUUUGGAAAAAUGAGCGAGCCAGAGCUUGAAAAUGACAACAACGAAGUCCGGGAUCGUUCCCGAUCUCGUUCCCGUAGUCCGCAGGCACGUCGUUUGUGGGUUCAGGACUUAUUCCUGAACCGAAACGAAACCGGCAACCGGCUACUGACCGACAUCACGACAUCGGGUAUAUACGAGACGAUGAACCGAUUUUUAAGGAUGAAGAAGGAAGAUUUCUUCCAUUUAUUGUCCCUUGUUGGUCCAAAAAUUGCGAAAAUGGACACAGAUUUCCGCAAAGCAAUCACGGAACAGGAAAGGCUGCUGAUAACAUUGCGGUAUCUUGCGACUGGAGAGACAUUUACCAGCCUCCAAUACGUGUUCCGGGUGUCGAGGCAUUCUAUCAGCAGAAUAGUUAAAGAGACGUGCGCAUGUCUUAUCGAGGCUUUGCGGGAUUAUGUCAAGCUACCCUCUACCGAAGAAGAAUGGCUUGCAAUCUCAAGACGAUUUGAGCAGCGCUGGAGAUUUCCUCACGCAAUAGGUGCAAUCGAUGGGAAGCACGUUGAAAUUAUUUGCCCUCGUAAUAGCGGAUCCGAAUAUCACAACUAUCAAAAAUUUUUUAGUAUUGUAUUAAUGGUUGUGGUCGAUGCUGAUUAUAACUUUUUAUGGGCAGAUGCUGGUGGUAAGGGAGGAAUAUCUGACGGUGGAAUAUUUAAAAACACACGGCUGUAUCACAAGCUAGAAAACGACCAACUAAACAUUCCACCAGCAACGCCAUUGCAGGUCCCGUACCAAACCCCGGUCCCAUACUUUAUUCUCGGUGACAAGGCAUUUGCCUUUACCAAUUACUGCUUAAGACCGUACAGCGGGGUGCAUCCUCCUGGUUCAAUGGAGCGUACAUUCAACAAAAUGCACUCUACUUGUCGUAUGCCAGUUGAAAAUUCGCUUGGAAUAUUAGCGAAUCGAUGGAGAGUGCUCAAAGGCAUACAACUGCAGCCGGAUGUUGCCAAAAACAUUGUUUUGACAACAGUUUACUUGCACAAUUUUUUGCGCAAGCAUGCUUCGCGGGACACAUACACACCCCCGUCUGCAUUUGAUAGGGUUGUUCGCGGGCGACGAGUCGAUGGAGAUUGGAGAAGUGAAGGGGGCUUGACCGAUCUCCAAAACAUUGCUUCCCGACCUUCAGAAAAUCUUGCUGACAUAAGGAACCACAUUGCAAACCAUUUAAAACAUAAUCGUUCUGCGUAAAUCCAUCUAACCAAUACCAUGGAUAUUAAAAUUAAUAAUAAAUUAUGAAAACGCAAACACAACUACACCGACUAUUCUGUACAUUACUACCAGCAUGGUUAUUUAUAAUAUACAUUUAAGUACGCGAGUGCAACAACUACGGAUUUUUUUAAGCAUUACUCGCCUGCUCUAUU